AUGAAGUUUAACACCAUCUCCCCCGAAGUUGCAGCGCAUAUUAACAUCAACCAAGAAGUAUUUGAAAACGCCGAUGAAAUUAUUCAACAAAUUCUCGUUCGACAAGCUCAAGAGAUAAUUAAGAUAAAAGAACGGUAUGAAAUGUCCAUUAGUCAAGAGAUUGUCUCGGAAAUAAGCAUAUUCAGGAUUGAUAAUGAAUUUGCAGAUGUGUGGGUAGCUGCAGAUGGUCAUAAAGACGUAAAAUACUUGUAUGGGGGCACAAGAAUGGUAAACCCUACAGUGAGCUACUUGGAAAUAAUGAAUAUCCUUCAAAAAUUGAUGCGAUACGAAAGCUCUUUAAAAAAUAGCUUAAUUAACAAAGCUCUGGAAGCGAACAUACUUGGAAAAUAUAAAGACUCUCUCCCGAAAGGAUUUGAAAAUAGCAAACCUAAGAAUCAAGAACUAUAUGCGAUAUUAACUAAUCCGACUAAUCCAUCAUUUACACAAACUAUCGAAUCGAUAUUUGUUGAACUUGGCAAGCUGCUUGAUAAUAAAAAUGGGAAAAUUAAACUUACACCAGAUUUUGGACGUUUUUCAGGAGUUGCAGACAUUUUGGCAAAAUUUACACCCCAUGUACUUGGUGUAUGUUGUGAAAAUGGUGGAUGUGGGGGAAAGUCAAGCUACUCUUCUAAUGGCGUUAUAGCAGCAAUUGAAGAAAUUUGUCCUGGAAAUAAAGAAAUUGCGAUAACCCUCAUUGGAUCAGCUG